AUGGGUAUUGUCGCAAGCAAAAACGCCGCUACUCGGAUUCUUACGGCCAGCAAUGAAGCUCUUGAGUUGCUCGAGAGCAACAAUGUGGAUACGGCUAGAGCCCAUCUUCUUGCUGUCGUUGAGAAUCCCGAGACAAUCCCAGCCAACGAUUUUAUGGAGAUCUACAAGCUCCCACCGACUGCUUUAACAAUCUGGCAAGAAAUUCGAGAUAUGAUUCCCGAAGCUGUUCCUGGGCAGCCCCAGGCGGUUGCAACACAAGCUACGCUGCUAAGAGAUGACCAAGAAUCUCGAGAGUAUGGCGGUGAGAUCUUGAAGCUGAAGGUUGCACGGCUCAUCUCUGCAAUGGGAAUAUUGAAGGUAAGCUUGCCAUGUGGCCGUUUCGCCAUUGCCUCUUUCUUUGGUGCAACUCUGUGA